GCGCGCUGCGGAGCUUGCACUUUAUUUCCCCUCAAGUUUUGCUGCUGCAAUUCUGCAGCGCGGACUGCUUCGCCUGAUUACUCGGAAGCAAGUCCCGUUGAGUCCAGCGGGGCUUCCUGCAGCCUUGGAGUCUCCUGGCUUAAAAAGUUUUGGGUGCAAUCCUAAACCACGCCUAUACUCUGAAGUAAGCCCCGUUGAAUUCGGCGAGGCUUACUCCCAGGUAAGUGGGGUUAAGAAUUGCAGCCAUAGGCUAGAGCAUCUCUACGCUCAGUGCCCAGCACUUCGGAUGUUCGAGUCCAGCCAGCCCCGUUCCCUCCCGGAAGCAGCAGCAGCGCUAUUUCUCCCCAGGAGAGCAACGCGUUCUGACCUCUCCUUAAAAAAAAAAUAACCUGCCUAGAUUGCUAGCAAAAGAAGGGAAACAGUUUGUCUAUUCGUGUACAUUUUGGCCCAUUGUCUGCUGCAAUCUCUCUAAGUAAUGCCAAGAGGAGCAGGUUUUGAAAACUGCAAGGGGUCCACUUGAAAUCCAGUCCUUGAGAGAAGACUUUGGGGAUGCAUUUGCAUUUAAAUCCUUUAUUCCCUUUCCUCAGUAGUUGCUAAUCCUAAACACACCUGAUUGGAAGUAAGCCCCACCAAAUUGAAAGGGGCUUACAGAAUUGCAGUCUGGGCAGAGGAGGCGUUUGUUUACGCUGGAGAAAAGACUGCGCAUCAUUCUAUUUAUAUGAUUCUGAUCCUGCUCCCUUCCUUCAAUGACCUCACAUGGAGAGGGGCUUAAUCCAUGUUGCAUUCACAACGACCCUGCGAGAGACUGAAAGAUGGCCAUUCACGCAACAGCCUAACUUGAGUAGGGAUUUGAACCCAGAACUCACUGGCCCAAGAGUUCUGUCAGCCUCCUAUUUCUCUCCACUCUCCACCACGUGCUGACGUUUUAAAACAUAUGUUCCGGUGUGCUGUGGCUUCCUUGAAGCGUCUUGCUAUGGAGAGAGUACGUUGGGCCUUUUCCUAUGGCACCUGGGUCCCCUGCCGUGAGGACUGGCUGCUGUCAAUGUGCGUCAUACAGCCUGAAGAGAGAGAGCGCAUUGAACAAUUUGUCUUCCGCCGCGAUGCCAAGGCUGCAGUGGCUGGCCGUCUGCUGAUAAGAAAAUUAAUUGCAGAGAAGCUGAAGAUUCCUUGGAAUGAAAUAAAGUUACAAAGGACUUCAAAAGGCAAACCUGUCCUUGCAAAUGACUUAAGCAGUGCCCAUUCCAGCUUCAGCUUUAAUGUCUCCCAUCAAGGGAAUUAUGCUGUUCUUGCCGCCGAGCCUGACUGUCAAGCUGGCAUUGACGUUACGAAGACGAGCAUGCCAGGGAGCGGUUCAAUUCCGGAGUUCUUUCGAAUUAUGAAGCGGCAGUUUACAGAGGAAGAGUGGAGAGCAAUCAAGUCCAUGAACAGCGAAUGGCUUCAGUUGGAUAUGUUUCAUAGGCACUGGGCACUAAAAGAGAGCUUUAUAAAAGCCAUUGGUGUCGGGAUAGGUUUUGACCUUCAGAGGAUUGAGUUUAAAGUAUCCCCACUGCAACUGGAAGUGGGGAAAACGUAUAAGGAGACAGUUAUGCUCUUGGAUGGCGAAGAAGAGAAGGAAUGGAGUUUUGAGGAAACACGGCUAGAUGAUUGUCACCAUGUUGCAGUUGCUCUGGGGAAACAAGGAGAGUUUGGAGAGAAGCCUGCCGCGGUGCUUUCUUCUGCUGCGACCCAGACUACAUUUACCACACUGACUUUUGAUGAUUUAGUUGCCUCUGCUGUGCCUCUUGCACCUGAAGACCCUGCCUGCUGGGAUAGCUUUUGUGCUAAGCAGGAAUCGCCAACACGCCAGGGUUCCAAUCCAAGAUAAGAGAGGCUGCGUUUGCAAGGAGAAAAGCUGAAAGCACUCACAAAGGCCGCACGCUGUUCUCCUUUCCAGCAGUUAAUUUGUAUGUUUGGUGGUCUGGGUGGUGGGAAUGCUAAAAUUGCCUUUUGUGUUCUAGUUUUUUGGCUGUUCUGUAUCAAAUGAUUACAUUUUUCAUUGACCUUUUCCAAGAAGACUAGAUUCAGAAGACGGAAAACUGUUGGGUUUUCUGCUCUCUGGCUGAGUUCAUAUUAUUAUCAGCUGCUGAAUCUUUGUAUUUCAUUUCUGCAAAUAUAAUCGAGCGAGGGAAAGAAAGGAAUGAUGUUGUCCGACUUUAAAAAUAUUACAUCAAUCCUGAUUUAAAUGUAGUAUUUUCCUAUAGUGGAAGAGUUGGUGCAUUUCUGUCUUUCCUCAAGUACCUUGUGUAAUGUUUAUCAGGAAGACUUCACGUGUGUGGCUCUUUAUGCAAUAACCUGAUUAAUGCAGUAGCUCCACUACACCACCAUUUCAAGACACAAAUCAUACAAACAGAACAAUUAUCCAUUCAGCAGUACCUAAGAAGCCCCUGUGUAGUCAUGGUAAGGACAAGGGCACAUGGCCACCAUCCCACCAAAGGGGAGGGCACCCUUGUCCAGUAAAACAUGAACCAGGUCUUUAUUGUUUAUUUUCCUGAUAAGCCAUUUGCCAUUUCUGAUUCCUAAAGUACUUGCAGUGAGUAAGUCUGCAAAGUUAAAAUGUGUAUAUGUAGAGUAUUUGGCAAGAGAUGCCUUGGUCAAUGGAAUAAAGCGGUACUAGGACAAAGGUCCGAAUCGUUAAAGCUAUGGUUUUCCCAGUAAUGAUGUAAGGAAGUGAGAGCUGGACCAUCAAGAAGGCUGAUCGCCGAAGAAUUGAUGCUUUUGAAUUAGGGUGCUGGAGGAGACUCUUGAGAGUCCCAUGGACUGCAAGAAGAUCAAACCUAUCCAUUCUGAAGGAAAUCAGCCCUGAGUGCUCACUGGAAGGACAGAUCCUGAAGCUGAGGCUCCAAUACUUUGGCCACCUCAUGAGAAGAGAAGACUCCCUGGAAAAGACCCUGUUGUUGGGAAAGAUGGAGGGCACAAGGAGAAGGGGACGACAGAGGACGAGAUGGUUGGAUAGUGUUCUCGAAGCUACCAGCAUGAGUUUGACCAAACUGUCGGAGGCAGUGGAAGACAGGAGUGCCUGGCGUGCUCUGGUCCAUGGGGUCACGAAGAGUCAGACAUGACUAAACGACUGAACAACAACAAAGUGUGGAGACCCUACAAAUUUUAAAAGGGCAAGGGAACGACCACUUAAGUAAUGGGUGGAUGAUCCAAAACUAACAGCAGGGUUUUAUGUGGAACACUACUAAACCUUAGGUUACGUAAAUACAAUCCUGGUAACGACACACACAACGUAACAGCCAGUUUUUGACUAUGUAACUUCUAUUUCAAACACAAUUCAACAUAGAAUAUCACACAAAGUGUAAUUCCAUAGAUCAACACAUCAUGCAAACAGAAUAUAUCAAGAAAAUUAAAGUCCAAUGUAUGGUCAGGAGAUAAAGUCCAUUCGGUUCCUAAACUGGCAUAUUGGCAAUAACCACAAUAUGGUAUUCUUAUCUUAUGAUGUUCGACAUAUUGCUGCUUUGAGGAUUCUAACGUUCAUUGUAUGUAAAUAUUGAAUCAGAUGGAAAACUUGAAGGUAUGGCACAGCAAGGAUUCCAGGAUAAUACCUUGUUUCUCCCAACCGGGCUUUGUCAACCGUGCAUACUCUAAAUUAAACAAACAUGAUAUAACAUAAUCCUUAUGCAAACUAAGUAACAUAACAUACUAAAUAAACAAGUUUACAUACCAUAUUCUUUUAUGAUGGAAAAAUGGAACAGAAUAAAUUCAGUUAAUCCAA